CUUCUUGAAAAGAGGUUGCCAGGAGUGUGUAGUUUGGAGUGGUUUCUCAAUGCCUGCGCUGCAGGAGCUUCCCUCAAGGCCACAGGUAAAGGUGUGCGAGACUCUGAUAGGUUUUGGAAAGGGGCCAGUGAAAAUACCGCUGUUUAGCAAGGGUAGCUUUUAACUGUUUGUGUUUUUCAUUUUUAGUUGCAGCUCAGCAACAGCAGACAGUCUGACAACCGUUCUUAGCUUGAGAAUGGUUUGUUUUCUUCUUUUCAGAUGACUUAAACUCAGUGGGAGGAACUGGAGCCUCCUGAGAGGCCUGACUUGAAGUCUGAGAAAUGCUGCUGUCAAAAGUUUCUGCUUUGAUUAUUGAGACUGUAGGUUUCUUCCAUAUGCCAAUGGUGCCCAAAGCAUAGGCAGCGUAGCUGAUGUAUAUUCAUAUUGCAUAUAAUAAUAACUCUUUGUUUGAGGUUAGUGUCCUUGUGAUCAGAAAUUUUUUUUGGUUGCUGAUUUUUAGGAGAUGUACCAGUGCUUAUGUAUCUUUUUUUUUUUUUCCCCCUUGAGAAUCUGUUUAUUGAAGGUUUAAACUUAAAUAUUGAUGUUUGCCUGAUUGCAUUUGAGAAGUCUGUUGGAACAUCGGUGGUGUUUGACCAUUGCAAUAGGAGAACAGUCUUUUCUCUUUAUAAAGAGUUGAAAUCAUACCCUAGUCUUGAACCCAAUUUAUAAGCUAGGAAGUAUAAAAAGUAAAAGAACUUUAGUGUCUAUCAAACAGUGAACAUGAACUAAUCAGCAAGUUACUUAAUUUUAUUUAAGGAAUAAAUUUUGAGGUGUUUAGGCUCGUUGCUUGAGUUGGGUACUGAACUGUUCGCCUGUUCUUGAGCAGCCGAGGUAUCGUUCUGAUCUGCAACUGAGGCUCCGUGACCGUGUUCUCCCACUGAGCUGACACGGAGAGCAGUCACGUUGCAAACGGCAUGGUCAGCUCUUUGCACACCGCAUAGUGCUGCUAGUUGCUAUUGUCUACUUUUAAUGCUGAUUGGAAGAAGCUUGCUCUUUUUGGCCUCUGUGUAGGAACUGCUCUCUUUCGUGACACAGUGAAAUAGAUCUGUAUAGACGUAUAAAUGCCAGUAUAUGGAGUAAGUGAUGAUCCUGCUGCCCCUGUGCAGGUUCAGACGGGUUGCUGUGGUUUCCUUCUGUUGGAUCUGUCAGGGGUACUUACAGGUUGGUUUGGGAGGAUGUGGGAGUACUUGCUAUGGAGUACGUGGACGUCUGUAGAAACAGAUUUAUAGAGCUUGGGAGUAUUUUGUUUGCUUGUGUUUUCUUUGUUGUUGUUUUUUGUUUCUUUUGUUUUAACUUGGCGGGGUGCAUACCGGAGCAUGUAGACAUUCAAAAGGAAUCGUAUGGAUGAGCCGAGCUGUGACUAGUGUCUGGUAUUAAGGGUGUUCUAGGAUUUGGUCUUGAUGCCCCUUGUGUGUAGGGUUUUCUGUAUAUCACAGAAUUUCCUUAAUGCUUGCCAAGAGGAAACCUAAUCAUGCUUAAGUAUCUACCUUCCAGCAACUAGUGUAAUCUUUUGUGUGGAAAUCCUAAUAUUUUAGGCCUUUAUGACUUAGCCUGAAAAACUGUAAAGAGGCAUAAACUAGCCACUGUAGUAUUUUACUGCAUAAAUCUGCUGGUGUAGUACUUCAUCUUGUAUUUCUUUUCAAGGUCCUAGUUCUGUGAGUCAAGCACUUCACUACAGGUAUUUGGGAUGCUUUGCCAGUAGGUGAUCUUGGGGCUGGAGCUGGUGCUGGAUGUUCUUGCACAAAAUCCUCUCUCAUUCAAAUGUGCUGAACUCUAAUAGGUUAUAAAUCAGUGUUUAUAGGCUGCCGAAAACGCUACGCAAAACUGCAACUUCUAAGAAGCCAUCUCAUGAUAAAGUCCCUCACCGUCGUUCAGUGAUGGGAAAUGAAUCUCUUCACAACUACAGCUGUCUCUUGGCUAGAACCUCAGCCACAGGCACCCCAGGUGCUGGAAAACUACUCUGAUGCUCCUAUGACCCCAAAACAGAUUCUGCAGGUCAUAGAGGCUGAAGGACUGAAGGAAAUGAGUGGCACUUCUCCCCUAGCCUGUCUCAAUGCCAUGCUUCAUUCCAAUUCAAGGGGAGGCGAUGGACUCUUUUACAAACUGCCCGGACGCAUCAGUCUUUUCACACUCAAGAAGGAUGCCUUGCAAUGGUCUCGGAAUCUAUCUGUGCCAGAAGGGGAGGAGCUGGAGGAUACAGCAGACGCAGAAAGUUGCGAGUCCAAUGAAGCAAGCACUGUGAGUGGUGAUAAUGAUGUGUCUCUUGAUGAAACCUCAUCUAAUGCCUCGUGUUCCACUGAAUCUCAAAGCAAGGGGCCUGCCACUGCCAGGGAGAGCUACAGAACAGCCUCACAGACAACCAAACAAAAGAAAAAGACUGGUGUAAUGCUGCCACGUGUUGUCUUAACACCGCUGAAAGUAAACGGGGCACACAUGGAGUCUGCGUCCGGCUUCACAGGAAGACAUGCUGAUGGAGAGAGCAGCAGCACAUCCAGCAGUAGCAGCAGCUCUUUGGCCCUGUGCAAUGCCACCAUGCGCAGUAGAACAGAAAUAAACAGGGAUCCUCCACAGCUGCUGAGAGGUAUCCGAAAGCCCACAGCUGGGCAAAUGAAGCGAAACAGGGGUGAGGAUAUUGACUUUGAAACACCUGGUUCCAUUCUUGUCAAUACAAACCUGCGAGCCCUUAUAAACUGCAGAACCUUUAAUGCACUCCCAUCACACUUCCAGCAGCAGCUGCUUUACCUCCUUCCAGAAGUUGAUAGACAGGUAUGA